GGAAAAGAACCGAACUUCCCAUCACUAAAUUGUCCGCCUCUGCUGGUAAUAUCCACACUGUUCCCCAUUCUUGCAUAUUUACUUGCUUGGAUAGCCUACUUUGGCUACCCUUCUGUGUGAAUUACGGUCAUCUGGCUAUAGGUGGCAGUAUGGAAUAUCUAAAAGAGAAUUUGUGACGCGCAAUGUGCGAGACGUUCAAACGCAAGCAGGAAUAUACGUCGAUGUAAAUAAUGCGUUCAGUUAUUCAUACUGCCACGAGGUUUUCUGCUGCCUUCUUCUCUUCACAAUCCUCUCGGAAAAGCACGUCUUUAUUUUCAGCUGCUUCCAUUCAUUUGAGAAAAAUGGCGCAUUACCUUACAGAGCUGAGAGGACGACCAAACGCUACUGACUACAGGGUUUACUUGAAAACUUCCGAUGGAAAGUACAUAUCCCCUUUCCACGACAUUCCUCUGUAUGUUGCUGAUGAACAGGAAUGUGGUGUUCCACCAAAGAAGUUUAAAACGAAUGAGAUAUUGUUUAAUAUGGUUGUAGAAGUACCUCGUUGGUCAAAUGCCAAGAUGGAGAUAGCAACAAAGGAACCACUAAACCCAAUCAAGCAAGAUGUGAAGAAAGGCAAGCUGCGAUAUGUUGCUAACAUUUUUCCACACAAAGGUUACAUUUGGAACUAUGGUGCACUUCCACAGACAUGGGAAGAUCCCAGCCAUACUGACAAGGCAACCAUGUGCUGUGGAGACAAUGACCCCAUAGAUGUGUGUGAGAUUGGCUCCAAGGUGUGUGUAACAGGGCAGGUGAUUCAGGUUAAAGUUCUUGGAAUUCUGGCUUUGAUAGAUGAAGGAGAGACUGACUGGAAGGUAAUAGCCAUCAAUAAAGAGGACCCUGAUGCAUCAAGCCUUAACAGUGUUGAGGAUGUGAGAAAGAUUAAGCCUGGGCACCUUGAGGCUACUGUGGAUUGGUUUAAAAAAUAUAAAGUGCCAGAUGGGAAGCCUGAGAACCAGUUUGCAUUCAAUGGACAGUUCAAGGAUAAGGACUUUGCUAUAGAAGUCAUAAAGUCAACACACAGCUACUGGAAAGCAUUAGUGAUGAGAAAAAAGAUGAAAAGUGAUGAGAUUGUUUGUCAAAACUCUUCCUUAUGUGAGAGUCCAUUCAAAUGCAGUGAUGCAGAGGCCAGUACUGUAGUUGAAGCUGCUGCAGAAUAUGGGGAACCCCUCCCAGUACCAUCUGAAGUGGACAAAUGGCACUUCUUCACAAAGUAAAAGAUCAUUAACUCUUUGCAGUGUGACCUCGGAAGAAGGUAGAAAAGGCCAGAAGAAUGCUAGAAGUCAGUAAUGUCCCUGGUGCAAAGAUUUUUGUUUUAUUAAUGUUUUA